AUGGAGGAGUCCUUCUGGAAACAGAAAGCUAGAAAUAGUUGGUUGGCAGAGGGGGAUAGAAACACGACAUUCUUCCAUGCUUCAACUAUAGAAAAAGCCGGAGGAGAGUGGAUUAGUUCCAUCAGAUUGGAGACGGGUCAGACUGUUGAGUCACAGGUGGAUAUCAAGCUCGAGGCAGUUAGAUACUUCCAUCAUCAAUUCUUGGCUGGUGCGGUUGAGUUGGAGAAUCCAGUGAUUGAGUCCAUCCCUUCACUGGUUACUGACGAGAAAAAUGCGAAGCUAAUGGCCCCGCCUUCUCUGUUGGUGGUACAUCAGGCUGUCAUCUCCAUUUCAAGGGACGGAGCCGCUGGACCGGAUAGAUUUUCCACUGCUUUCUUUGCGGGCUAUUGGGACAUUGGAGCGUUCGUCCAAGGUUGUUCCAUCUCGAAAAAUCUCGCGCUCUCCCAAGAGCUCCUUCGGGAUCUGAAUAGAAGGGUAAGAGGAGGUAAUAUUCUUGUAAAGCUUAACAUAGAGAAAGCAUAUAAUAGAGUUGAGUGGCCUUUUCUUAAAAGGGUGCUGAAACUCUUUGGGUUUUCGGUUUCUUGGAUUAAGCUCGUGGAAUGCUGUUGGAAUAACUGCUGGUUCUCAGUUUUAGUCAACGGGGAAGCUGGUGGUUUCUUCAAAUCCACUCGCGGGUUGCAACAAGGGGACCCGUUAUCACCUAGCUUGUUUAUCCUAGCUUUGGAGGUGCUAGGGAGAGGUUUCAAAAAAUAG